CUCAUCACAGCAGCCUUCUGGCACCCCACGUUCCCCUGCAUUCUCUUGUGCUGUGCCAAACGUGCAAGGCCAAACGUGCAAGGCCAGUCUCAACAAGGAGCUGCCUCAGGUGAUCCCGGUGGCCUGCCCAUCCCUGCCAGUCUCCGAAUGGCUCCACACCCACAUCAAGCACUUCCAGGAGGUGUAGCACCGCAGGUACCCAUGUCAUGGGGUGGAUACUAUUAUAUGGAUCCACAUCAACCAAAACCUCCUUGGGGGUAUAAUGCUAUGCCCUCCCAACAUAUGCACCGACAGUCUCACCCGCAACAUGCCCAUCAACCUGAACCUCUUUCCAUGUCACCUCGCUCCGCAGCCCCUCAGCUACCUGGUACGUCCACAAUGGCACAUGCUAUCCCGCACACCCCUCAUACACCUCAAACACCUCUCUCCAUAUCUUCCCCGCUGUCCACACCCUCUACCGCCAGCGCACCUUGCCUUAACACGAACGCCCGCGAUUUUGUUCCUGGCGGACGCUCUAUAUCCAAGAUUACCAUCAGGAGCCAGGAUGGCAUGGAGGUGACACUUGAUGAUCUCAAGAAGCUCAGUCUCCGGCUACCAACCGCUCCUAUCUCACCCGCAUCGCCCGUUGUGACCAACCGACCGCAACCUUCGGUUUUGGUAUGGAAGAAGGAUGGUACAAAGAAGAAGCGCAAAAGAGAGAAACAAGCCAAGCGGAUGGAGGAGGAAGAGGCUACACGCAAGAGGAAGGCUGAUGAGAACCGGAUACUCAUGGAGGAGGAAGAAAAGGAGCGGAUACGACAAGCAGAGGAAGAGGAGAAGGAGCUCCUACGCCAGGAGGAGGAAGGCUGUCUUGAGGCAGAGCAGGCGCACAUCGCACUAGAAGAAAAGGAACGGAAACAGCAAGAUGCUCUGAGGUAGAGGAAGCCCAGCUUGAAGCUGAAGAAUUUGAUGGCAUAGUUCAGACUCCAUCACUCGCCAGCGAUUCUCAAGAGCCAGAGGACGGCGAAGUCUCCGAGCAUAACGAAGCUCCUGUGCCUCAGCUUAACGGUAAUAGCGGGAAGAAAUUGAAGGAGUCACCUCGGAUAGAUACGUUUAUGAUGUCCCCUCCCACUGAGAUUCCACGAAAGCCUCCUAGCCCUAUCCACCUUACUUCAUCUGCGCCUCCCCCUUCCGCACUCCUCACUGCACGUGUCAUCGAGAAUCUAAGCGAGG